CAGUGCAAGCUCUUUAACAUUCAUGAACCGAGCCUUCGCCAUAGUAACAUUCCUAAUUUUUGCUUCCCCGAUCCUUAUCAAAACACAGACGGAACAUCAGCCGGAGCUGGGGCCCAUUGCCAAACACCAGUGUACACAAGGGAGCAUUUGCACUGGAUUUGGCCUGUGCUGGCGGACACUCUCAGGGGUCAAUAUUCACAUUUCGGUGCUGGUUUGAAGCGAAUGGUUUUAAAUCUCUUCGAGUGAGUUGUCGAAGUCUUCGGAGAGGAUGGCAGAGGGAGGUUUUGACCCGUGUGAGUGCAUCUGCUCUCAUGAACAUGCCAUGAGGAGACUCAUCAGCCUGCUGAGGCAGUCCCAGUCCUACUGUACAGAUACAGAGUGCCUUCAGGAGAUGCCAGGCCCCAACUCCUCCGUAGAAGGGGACAUCACGCUACCGCUGAUUAUUAUGGGAUGGCUAGUUGUAGCACUCAUGCUCUUCUUGCUUCGCCCAGCCAGCUUGAGAGGUCCUUCAGCCAGCGGCAAGCCCUCUGGUCCCCAUGGUAAUCAUGGCAGAGAGCCACCAGCACCUCCUGUGGACUAGAGGUUUUUCCACCGCAAAAGAUUUGAUCUUUUAAUCCAGCUUCCACCUGAUCAGCUACUGUGACUAAUAUAACUUGCUAGUUUCCUUAAUCAUCUGUCAGUGUUUCAGAUUCCAGAUUCUUUAGUCCGAUGAGGGGGCGCUGAUCUACACAGACACUUGGAUAACAAAGUGUUUCUAAAACGUGUUACAUUUCAAAAGAGCACACAAAAAGAGAAAGUUGCCCUAGUGGUAAAAAUGCUGAGUUGUUGGAGUCUAAAAAGUUUCCCGGAUUUAUAUAUCUCUGUCUUCACUUUUUUUUUUUUCUUAUUAUAUAUUUUUUUUAUUAUAAAGCAUUAUUAGGUAUUUAACAAGUUGUUAAAAUGACAUAUAGUCCUAUUUAAUGACAUUUGAAUUGUGAUCUAGAAGAAAGUUUACCUAGAAACUGGGUGUCAUCAAAAGAUUUGGGUUAUUUUUGAGUAGACUGGGGUGAAGAGGAUAAUCUUACUUGUCCUGUGGAAGCCAAUACAUUCCAAAGCUAUGACGACUUCACAGACAUGAUGUCAUUGGUCCAUGGAGGAGUAUGAGCUUUGACUCUGCAUUGAGUCAUUCUAAACACACAUGUAAUUAAAAUGAUUCAGGGUUGACCAAGACUUGACCAAACCAAUAAUGAAAUGGGCUUAUUGGGCCAUUUCUUACUUCGCUCUUGUCACUUUUGACAUCAUGGCUGUGUGGAUGUUGUCAUGGUCUGGGAUCUGCUGACCACGGAGAGGUGGCCGAUCUAAAGCAGACCUCUCCACCUUGAAGACUUUGACAAUCUAUUUACCCUUUGUGUAUAAAUAUCGCUAGCGCAAUUGCAUUUUUUUUUUUUUUUU